AUGGCCGAGCCGAGCGCCGGGCUGCGCUGCGGCCGCCCCCUGCUUCUUCUCCUCGCCUGCCUCUUCGCUCCCGUCCUCGGGAAGCCCGGAGCCGGCCCCGCCGUCCGCGCCUCUCAGGCGGGUGUAUCUGAACCUUCUUUUAUUGCCAAGAGUGAAGAUCGUUUGUUUAAACGUUUAUUUGAAGACUAUCAAAGAUGGGUUCGUCCAGUGGAACACUUGAAUGAUACGAUAAAAAUCAAGUUUGGUCUUGCAAUCUCUCAGCUAGUAGAUGUGGAUGAGAAGAAUCAGCUGAUGACCACAAACGUCUGGCUGAAACAGGAAUGGAUAGAUGUAAAAUUAAGAUGGAACCCUGAAGAGUAUGCUGGAAUAACAUCUAUUCGUGUCCCAUCGGAUUCUAUUUGGAUCCCAGACAUUGUGUUAUAUGACAAUGCAGAUGGACGUUUUGAGGGGACGUCUACUAAAACUGUGGUAAAAUAUGAUGGCACCAUUGCUUGGACUCCACCAGCAAAUUACAAAAGUUCUUGUACUAUUGAUGUAACCUUCUUUCCCUUUGACCUCCAAAACUGCUCUAUGAAAUUUGGUUCCUGGACUUACGAUGGCUCCCAAGUUGAUAUAAUUUUAGAAGAUUAUGAUGUUGACAAAAGAGACUUUUUUGAUAAUGGAGAAUGGGAAAUAGUGACUGCAACAGGGAGCAAAGGAAAUAGAACUGAUGGAUGCUGCUGGUAUCCCUUUGUUACAUAUUCGUUUAUAAUUAGACGUUUACCUCUUUUUUACACGUUGUUUCUCAUCAUUCCUUGCAUUGGACUUUCUUUUCUAACUGUCCUCGUCUUCUAUCUUCCUUCAAAUGAAGGUGAAAAAAUUUCCCUUUGCACUUCAGUCCUGGUAUCUCUGACUGUUUUCCUUCUUGUCAUUGAAGAGAUUAUUCCAUCAUCUUCUAAAGUUAUCCCACUUAUAGGAGAAUACUUGGUGUUUACUAUGAUAUUUGUGACACUGUCCAUCGUGAUAACUGUCUUUGCUAUCAAUAUUCAUCACCGCUCUUCGUCUACACACAACGCUAUGGCACCUUGGGUUCGCAAGAUAUUUCUUCACAAACUUCCCAAGCUGCUUUGCAUGAGAAGUCACGUAGAUAGAUACUUUGCUCAGAAGGAGGAAAAAGGAAAUACGAGUGGAUCAGAGUCAUCCAGAAACACUUUGGAAGCUGCUCUGGACUCUAUCCGAUAUAUCACAAGGCAUGUUAUGAAGGAGAAUGAAGUUCGUGAGGUUGUUGAAGACUGGAAAUUUAUUGCUCAGGUGCUUGAUCGAAUGUUCUUAUGGGCCUUUCUUCUGGUUUCAAUAAUUGGAUCACUUGUGUUAUUUAUUCCUGUUAUUCAUAAAUGGGCAAGUAUAAUAGUACCUGUGCAUAUAGGCAGUACAAAUACAUAAGAUAUUUUUGGAUCUGUCUCCUGCUAACAUCAUUCUAAAAAGGUUUGGUAGUAUUAAGUUUCCAUGCAUGUUCUUUGUAGGCACGUUUCUGAUAGGAAAAAAAAAUACAGUCCUAAACUUAACAAUUGUGAUGUUAAAGCAUGGCACGUGGGACUCACAGAAGUCAAUCUGCUUAGUGCCAGUCUAUUAAGAUACUUGGACAUCAGGUCAAAGUCAAAGACCUUUGCAAAUAUCUGCAUGUGCGUGUUAGAAGCAGUACAUACUGACACCUACUGAGAAGGAGAAGGAUUGAGAUUUCUUAAUGAAGAUCACUGUAGUCCCAUUAUUAAGUUACUGUGGAAAAUAUUAUAUUUAUUGUUAAAUUUUUGCAGAUGCUUGCACAAGAGUUGUAUUUCAUCUUAUUAUAUUAUGCAAAUGAGAACUUGUAUCUACACAGUAAAUGAAAAAUUAUAAUAGAAACAUCACUUGAACUUCCUUUCUUUUCAGCAGACAAUAAACAGAGCAUUCUGACUG